GAAUUUUACAUUUUUCAAAACACAUAAAUAGAGCUUCCCCUAUCUUGUCUGCACGCAGAGUUUUUGCUUUGGCUUUAGAUAGUUCACAAGAUGACGAACUUUACUUGUGCAUUGUGGGUAUUUGGCUGCAUUGGUGCUCUCAUGCAAGAAGCGAGAGCAAACAAUGUAAGAGAUCAUUCAAAAAAGGAUUUCUCAUCAAUAAGUUUCGACAUGAAACGCACUUUGAAAUCUGGACAUAGAAAUGUAACAUUAAAGACACAAAUUGCAUCUAUAAAAGCACAAAUAGCUGCACUUCAAGCAUAUCACAAAAAACUUGGCACGCAAAACAAACACCUUCAAACAUUUAAGAUAGAGCUUCAGUCCAAAAUUAACAACACACAUGAACAAAGGGGUAAGCUUUUAAAAUUACAAAAACAAAUCAAGAAGUUUGAAAUUAAAAUGAUUAAGCUAUCAUUACAAAUGAAAAUACUUGAAGCAAAAAUAGCAACUGCCCAAACGGAGCUAAAAAGUCUUGAAAAACAAUUUAAAGAGCUUUUCAAGAAUAAUAAAAAUCUCAUGCGAACCCAAAUAGAAGAAGGAAAAGACUGUGCAGAUCUUUACAGAAAAGGUGAAAAAAAGAACGGAGUGUAUCAAAUUGAUCCAGAUGGCGAGGGUUAUUUCGAUGUUUUCUGUGAUAUGAAGACAUCUGGUGGAGGUUGGAAUGUGUUUCAAAGACGUCAAGAUGGAAGUGUAAACUUCUAUCGAGGUUGGAAAGACUACAAACAAGGAUUUGGUAAUCUUAGUUCAGACUUCUGGCUUGGAUUGGAUAAAAUAUACCGUUUAACAUCUUCAAGGAGAAAUAAACUUCGUGUUGAUAUGGGAGACUGGUCAGGACACAAAGCAUAUGCUGAAUAUGAUUAUUUUGCUGUAAAGAAUGAAACACAUAAAUACCAGUUGAGUCUUGGUUCAUAUUCUGGAUCUGCUGGAGAUUCAUUAUCUUAUCAUAAAGGUAUGGCAUUUACCACAAAAGAUUCAGAUAAUGAUAAGUAUCAUGGAUUAAAUUGUGCCACGGACCACAAAGGUGCUUGGUGGUAUAAAGGUUGUUAUAAUUCCAACCUGAAUGGGCGCUACUAUGGUAGAGCAUACUACAGUGGGAGUGGUGUGGUUUGGUAUCAUUGGAAAAACUUUUACUCAUUAAAGUUUUCAGAGAUGAAAAUGAAACCAUAAAGAAUUUUCAAAUAUUGUGUUUCCUUAACUUUAAUGAAUAUAUCUUAUGAAACUUCGCAUAAUAUUGACAUUUGAUAAAUCUUUUAAUAGAUCUUUUACAAACAUCAUUCUUUUAAAAGAGCGUGGAAAAAAUUGUUCAAAAAUGCUGUGGUGAAAAAAUAAAUUUUUUUCUUCCCCAAA